UUCGGACCUCGAAUCUACCUAAAAUCGAAACGCAAAAUUCUCUCAGCUCUCUCAGACGCGUUGUUUCCUUUGUUGUCUCUGUGACCAAACCCGACAAAAAAAAAAAAAAAAAAGCAUCUUUGCUGGUUUUGUCAUUCCUUCUCAGACACAAAAAGCACCCGGUUGGUUUUUGGAGCAAACCCACAUUCCAUCCUGUCCACUAGAAAAACCCAUAGCUCGUUUUCAAUCAGCAACAGAAACAACGUUGUCGUUUUGAUAGUUUGGCAAUGAAACGAGGGUACCCGGAAUCUCCGUCGGCCUCCGUGGGGCCACCUCAGUCCAGAACUAAGUAUAACCCUAACGGCGAUGGACACUUUUUAGAGGAUGAAAGCACCAAGAUUUUUGCUCGGAAAGUGGCUGACCAUUACAGUGCGAGGACAAAUCAGACUCUGGAAGAGAGAGAAAAUAGUCCAAUCAUCCAUUUAAAGAAACUCAACAAUUGGAUUAAAAGUGUACUUAUUCAGCUCUAUGCUCGCCAGGGAGGUGCAGUUCUUGAUCUUGCCUGUGGAAAGGGUGGUGAUCUCAUAAAAUGGGACAAGGCGAAAAUUGGAUAUUAUGUUGGUGUUGAUAUAGCGGAAGGCUCGAUAGAAGACUGUCGUACACGUUAUAAUGGUGAUGCUGACCAUCAUCAGCGUCGUAACAAAUUCACAUUUCCUGCUCGCCUCAUAUGUGGAGAUUGUUAUGAGAUUCACUUGGACAAAGUACUUGCAGAUGAUGCACCUUUUGAUAUCUGCAGUUGCCAGUUUGCGUUGCAUUACUCCUGGUCUACUGAGGCACGUGCGCGACGAGCCUUGGCAAAUAUAUCAUCUUUACUUCGUCCAGGAGGCACCUUGAUUGGAACAAUGCCAGACGCGAAUGUGAUUAUUAAAAAACUUAGAGAAGCAGAGGGAUUGGAUUUUGGUAAUAGUGUCUAUUGGAUACAUUUUGAUGAAGAAUUUUCUGAGAAGGAAUUCAAAUCUUCCAAACCUUUUGGUAUCAAGUACAAGUUCCACCUUGAGGAUGCUGUUGAUUGCCCGGAAUGGAUUGUCCCCUUUCAUGUCUUCAAAUCAUUGGCAGAAGAGUAUGAUUUGGAGCUAGUGUUUGCAAAGAACUCACAUGAAUUUGUGCACGAAUAUAUAAAAAAGUCAGAAUAUGUGGACCUCAUGCGGAGGCUUGGUGCCUUGGGUGAUGGUAAUCAAGAUCAGAGUACGCUCUCACAAGAUGAAUGGGAAGUAGCUUAUUUAUAUUUGGCCUUUGUCUUAAAGAAGCGAGGACAACCGGAUCGGACACCGGUAAAUACCAAAAGAGACAGGGGGCAGAUGCAUAUAUCAAAGGAGGACAUCAUGUACAUUAGUAGCAAUUGAUUGACAGGCAAGGCAACCAAUUCUCAUCGGAUUAUUCUUUAACAGGAUAACAUCCAGUGAAUAAAUGCUCAAACUCCUGAAUUACUUGAUAGUUGAUACACGGUUUGGUGGUGGGUUCAUGUAUUUGGGAUUACUCCCUGGGUAGAUCCAAAGGGUUUUGCCUUGGCAAGGUUACAAGUCAUUGAAAAAGAAAAAUCUACCUUACUGCUCUGGAGAAGAUAACAUCAAGAGCACUUUCUCAAGAUGAGGAAUAUCUAUAGUAGACAAGACAAUUGGUGAAUUGUAACGAUAUUAUUUCAUGCAAUUGUCUCCUCGUAAGGUCUAAUUAUGCAGUUAUAUUUGUUGAAAACGUUCUUGUUUUGUACGUAUAAUUACAGGUACAAAACAAGAACUCCAAAAUAGUUGACGAGAAGUGAUGGUGCAAUAUAUCCCAUCUGUAACUGAGCUGUAGAUUUAUAAGAAGAAAAAUGCCAGGCUAAUUCUAAGAUA